GAGUGUUACGUCACAUCCGGGGAGGAAGUCGCAUGUUCCGACGGCAUGGAGAGUAGCUUGCGGUCAUAGUUUUAACACAGCUCUGCGUUUUCUGGAGCGCGAAUCAUCGGCCGUGAUGCUGAAGGUGCUGCAGGUGUGUGUCCGCCGCCAGGUGUGGAGGAGCGUCCGGCCUGCCGCUCGCAGCGUGUCCCAUGCGGCUGCAGGCGGCGUGGGGGCGCCGCCACGGGGUUCGGAGGCCCCCGCCGGUCCCAGGCUGACCCCGACUGGAGUCCGGAGCUGCACCGUGGACCCAAACCUCGAGGAGCAGUUCGUCUUCCAGGACCUGGACUGUACAGAUCCAAAUGAGGACCCUCAUCAGGAGGAAGAGGAGCAUCUCCGUCAGUUCAGUGUCUCCUUGGCUCCUCCCCAGUCAAGUCCUGGAUCUGGUCUUACUGGUCAGGUCUCCUCUCAGAAACAGUUGAGGUCACUGGAGUGGCAGCUGCAGGUGUUACGUGGUGAAGCCCUGCAGGAGGCGGAGCCAGACUUCCUGAUCCAGUUCCAGGAUGUGGACUUUCUGCUGGAUGAGAGCGUUGCCUCUGUGAAAAAGAAGAAGAAGAAGGCGGAGAGGAAGGGUGAGCACAGGAUCUCUGGGACCCCGGACGCGGACGAGCCGGUGAGCGACACCUGCUGCUCGGGCUGCGGCGCCGUGCUCCACUGCACCGACACCGCUGUGCCCGGUUACCUGCCCAAUGAGAAGUUUAAGAUGCUGCAGCGGGAGGGGCAACUGGGUGGAGCCACCUGUCAGCGCUGCCAUCUGCUCACCCACCACCACAAGGCCCUGAACCUGCAGCUGUCCAGAGACCAGUACCGGGAGGUGGUGCGGCAGAUCCGGCCCCACAAGGCCCUGGUCUUGUUCGUCGUGGACCUUCUGGAUCUGCCCGACUCUAUCGUUCCUGACCUACCUGACCUGGUGGGGACCAACAAGCACAUUGUCGUCCUUGGUAACAAGGUGGACCUGCUGCCUGGUGACUCGCCUAACUACCUUCAUCGGAUCAAGCGGCAACUCAGUCAGUACUGCCAGGAUGCUGGCUUCGGCUCUCAGGUGACCCAAGUCCAUCUGAUCAGCGCCAAGACCGGGUACGGCAUCGAGAUGCUGAUAUCUAGCCUACAGCGGUCCUGGAAGUACAAAGGUGACGUGUACCUUGUGGGCAGCGCCAAUGCGGGCAAGUCGACGCUCUUCAACACGCUGCUUGAGUCCGAUUAUUGCAAAUCAAGAGCCGCCGACAUUAUCCAGAAGGCCACCAUCUCCCCGUGGCCGGGGACCACUCUGAACCUGCUGAAGUUUCCUAUCAUCAAUCCGACUCCAUACCGGAUGUUCCGCCGGCUGGAGCGUCUGAAGAAGGCAUCGCAGCAGACGGAGGAGGAGCUGUCACAGGUGGAGCGCCGGAGGCUACAGAUCUUCAGUCGCCAUGGAUACUUAGUGGGUCGUGUUGGCCAGACAUUUCGAUCCGACACGUCCAAGGGAGACGAGAUCCAGUUUGAUCCGGACAGUUUGGCGUUUGGAGAAGACGAGGACGGACAAGUGAAGACGGCAGCUGUCAGGAAGUCACAUGACAAGAUGAGCCCGAACGAGCUGAAAGACGCCCACUGGCUGUUCGACACGCCGGGAAUCCUGAAGGAGCUGGAUGUCCUCCAGCUGCUGCAGGAGCAGGAGGUCCGCUUGGUGGUUCCGACUCAGGCCAUCAUCCCUCGGACCUUCGUGCUGAAGCCCGGAAUGAGUCUGUUUGUGGGAGCUCUGGCCCGGAUCGACUUCCUGCAGGGAGGAAAGUCCUGCUGGUUUUCAGUCAUGGCCUCCAGUCGGGUCCCGGUCCACAUCACCAGUUUGGAAAAAGCUGAUGGCAUUUACCAGAAACACGCAGGACACACCCUGCUGGGGGUGCCUGCAGGCGGGUCAGAGCGCAUGGAACAGUUUGGAGCAUUGGUUCCUCAGGAGUUCGUGUUGGAGGGUCGAGGUUACCUGGAGGCUGCUGCUGACAUCAAACUGUCGUCUGCAGGCUGGGUGGCUGUGACGGUGAUGGAGGGCGAGCAGCUGCAGAUGAGGGUUCACGGCCCGCCGGCUGCAGGCUACAGCUUGCGGACGCCACCACUGCUGCCCUAUGUGGUGUCUCUGAAAGGAGAGCGCGUUCGUAAAUCUGCCGCCUACAAACCGGUGAAAGCUGCGGGGCGGCUGGAUGGAGGACUGUCAGCUGAUGGGGCCCCAACGCUGCAGCUCGUCAAGAAGAAGAAGAAGAAAAAGGAGGCAGCUUGACCUGCAGAUGGGUGAAGCUCCGCCUCUUCAGACUGAUGAACCCUGCUGUUUCCAUGGUUUCCUGCCAGAUCAUUAGCCGGACUUUGUGUUCUCUCCAGAACAGAACCAGAACCUCACCACUUAGUCAACUGGUUGUGCUGUCUGAAAGCAGCAGGUGUUCAGGCUCUGAGCGCACUCAGACCAGCAUGUGUGAAGAACGCAAACUCCGGCACCAUCCCAUAAUAACCCGAGAUCUGAGUCAUUUUACUGAAAGUUCUGAUACAUAAACCAACUCAGUUUCUGGAUCAGAACC